AUGGCUCCCGUGGCCGGCGUCCACUCUGCCGUCGGGAGUUUCCUGGGCUCUUGGGAAGGCUUGGCCCAGCCGCCGCUGGGCGCGCCCUUCUUGCUGCCCCCGGUGGGGCAGGGCCCCAGACCGCGGGCGCCCCUGCUGGGCCCCCGGGGGGGCCCCGGACCUGGCCUUGGUCCAGGGGCGCCCGCCGACUUCGCUCACCUGCAAGGAGUCUUGCGACGGAGGCAGCUUUACUGCCGCACUGGCUUCCACCUGCAGAUACUACCGGACGGCCGCGUGCGGGGCACCCGGCGGGACCACAGCCUCUUUGGGAUCCUGGAAUUCAUCAGUGUGGCUGUAGGACUGGUCAGUAUCAGAGGGGUGGACACUGGCCUGUACCUCGGAAUGAAUGACAAAGGGGAGCUCUAUGGAUCUGAGAAACUGACUUCUGAAUGUGUCUUCAGGGAGCAGUUUGAAGAGAACUGGUACAACACGUAUUCAUCCCAUGCACACAAACAUGGCGACUCAGGCCGCAGGUUCUUUGUCGCCCUCAACAAAGAUGGCACUCCACGUGAUGGGUCUCGGUCCAGGCGUCACCAGAAGUUCACACACUUUUUGCCCAGGCCAGUGGACCCAGAGAGGGUGCCUGAGCUCUAUAGGGAUGUGCUGCUAUACAGCUGAGCAGGGGCCAUGGCCUCAUGGGACAUCCUUCUCUUCAGCGGCACUGUCUCAGUGGCCUAGAAGCCUCCCCCCCCACCCCAAUCCUGGCUUAAAGAGUCUGGGUAGGGAAGGAUGGUACAGUGAGGAUCUUUUGUUCUUUUGUUUUCAUUUUUCCUUUACCCAAAUUUGGUUUCAGGCUGAUGAAGCCUACUCUGUAGCUGUGGAUUUAAUCUUCAUUCUGGGCUGUUAAAUGCUAGUUAACUGACUACUGACUAAGGUUGAAACCUGACUGACUCUGCUUCUUUGUGGGUGCCUAAUUUUCCUGGAUCAUGUUUACCUUGAGAGGAGGAUGAGAAGUCACGACUUUUGAUUCUGCAGAAGAGAGCACUGGAAGAACAGGUGGAGAUGAUUUGCCACAAAUCUUAUUCUUUGACAUCCGAGGAUGGCAUCGGACUUGGACUCACGAGAGUGGUGGAUGGACUGGGUCUCCAGCCAGGCCGCCAACCUGGAAAAGGGUCUUCUUGUUUGGUUUUGGAUGGACUAUUUAUACAUUUUCAAAUUGCUUAUAUUUAUUUUAUAUAUUUAUUUAUUAAAGAAUUUAUUUUUUACUGGGAUAUGAAGACAAUGCAAAAAAAAUGCAGAAACUAGAUGUCCAUCGAUCGAGACACCGUGCUGUGGAGUCUUGGGUUGUAAUGCUGGUGCCCUGCGCAACCCGUCAAAAAUAGCAUCAUGUCUUGAAUUUAAUUUUGCAAAAAUAAAAACAUAGAUUAGGUUAUAUUUUUAUGC